AUUUAUUAUUAUAAUCUUUUUUAUUUUUUAUUUUUUUAUUAAAUACAUUAAUAAAACUUUUUUUUUAUUUUUUUUCCAAUAAAAUUAAUAUAAUAUAUAAAUAAUAGUAAUAUUACACCACCUACAUAUAAUAAUAUAAAAUGUCAAAAAAUGAUAUGAAUGAAAGACAGGUAAGAGAGUUAAUGAGAUUACCAGAAAAUGUCAAAUGUAUGGAUUGUCCAAUGGGUUCAGUUUAUGCAUGUUUGGAUUUAGCCACAUUUGUUUGUACUGCUUGUAGUGGUAUUCAUUCAAAUAUGGGACGUAGAGUUAAAUCAGUAUCAAUGGGUUCAUUUAAACCAGAAGAAGUUUCAAAACUUAGACAAGGUGGUAAUAAAGUAGCUAGAUCUUAUUGGUUAGCACGUUGGAAACCAUCUGAUUUUCCAGAACCAGAUGAAAAUAAUUCAACUAGUAUUAGACAAUUUAUAGAAUUAAAGUACAAUAAAAAAUUAUGGGUAGAUAAUGGUAUUCCAAAAGUUGAACCACUUUCAAAUAUUUUGGGUGCUGAUAUUCCAUCAAUUCAAGUUUAUAACCAAUCACCAUCACAACAACCACCACAACAAAGAAGACUCUCAACCACCCCUCCGUUAGUUGGUCAAAGAGCACCAGCUCCACAACAACAGUCAAAACCAAGCAGUAGUUUAAUUGAUUUAAAUGAUAUUUUUUCUACACCAGCUCCACAACAACCACCACAACCACAACAAUUUAAUAGCCAAUUUAAUAAUCAAUUUAAUAACAAUAGUAACCAAUUCAAUAACAAUAAUAAUCAAUUUGGCCAACCACAACAGUUUAAUCAACAACCACAACUUAAUAAUCAAUUUGGUCAACCACAACAGUUUAAUCAACAACCACAACAAUUUAAUCAACCACAACAAUUUAACAAUCAAUUUUCACCACAACAACAACAACCACAAUAUAAUAACCAAUUUAGCCAACAAAGCACCCCACAAUUUAAUCAAUCACCAUUUGACCAAAAUAAUUCAUGGAAUAACUCAAAUAAUUCUAGCUGGCAACAAUCCGUUAAUCAAUGGGGCAACCCUUCACCAAAUUCUCCAUUCCAAGGUAACCAACAAUCACAACCAUUUAAUAACAAUAAUAAUGGAUUUAAUAAUCAAUCAAACCAAUUAUAUAAUAACAUGAUGAACAGUGGACUUAAUAGUAAUAGUAAUAAUAAUAAUGUCUUUAAUAAUAACAAUAUGAACAAUGGUUUCAAUAGUAACAAUAAUAUGAUUAAUAGUGGUGGAUCAAAUAAAAAUAACAUGAUUAACAGUGGAGGUUCCAAUAAUAACAAUUUUAAUAAUUUCAAUAAUAUAAAUAAUAGUUCACCACCACCAUUUAACCAACCAAGCAAAUCAAAUCUUUACGAUAAUUGGAACAGUAGUGGUCUUGGUGGUAACUCAUCUCCACAAAUGAAUCCAUUUAGUAACAACAACAACAACAACAACAAUAGCAACAGUUUUAGCAACACCAACGGCUUUAAUAGUAAUAAUAAUAUGAUAAAUAGUGGUGGUGCCAAUAACAAUGUUUUACAACCACAACCACAACAUCAACAUCAACAUCAACAUCAACAACAACAACAACAACAACAACAACAACAAAACUCACCAUUUGCAAGCUUAUCACCAUUUUCAGGUAAUAACUUUAAUAGUAAUAAUAAUAGUAGCAGUACUACAGGUAGUAAUAGUGGUAGUGUUACCAAACCAAAUCCUUUCGAACAUACUUUCAAUACUUCUCAAUCAUCAACUCCACCACCAGCAACUGCUUCAUCGAACCCAUUUGCUAAUCCAUUUGGUGCAAAUAACUCAUCUAACAAUAAUAAUAAUAUCUCUAGUAACGGCAUGCUUGGAAGUGGUAAAAGUCAUAAUUUUAAUAAUAUUCAACCAAAUAACAAUAAUAACGCUUUUGGUAAUGAUGAUUUCUUUUCAUCAAAUUUCCAACCCAAACCACAACCACAACAAAAUACAACUCCAUUUGGCGAUAUAAAUGGUUCAUUCUUCUAA